GCACAGGCAGCCCAGAAACAGGCCGAGAUUGAGCCCUCCCCUGUGAGGACCAAAUUCCCCACUGCCAGGAUUAAACGGAUUAUGCAAGCCGAUGAGGAGGUCGGAAAGGUUGCCCAGCAGACACCCAUCGCCGUGGGCAAAGCACUGGAGAUGUUUAUGAUUGCUCUAGUUCGCAAAAGUGCCGAUGUCGCCAAGGAGAAGAACUCAAAACGGGUCACUGCCCAAAUGCUGAAGCACGUGGUCGAGUCAGACGAUCAGUGGGAUUUCCUCCGGGAGAUUGUCAGCAAGGUUGAGAACGAGGACAGGGCUGCCAAGGGCGGCAAGCCCAAGGCCGAGAGCGAGAGCGAGGAGGAGCCGCCGGAGAAGAAGAAAAGUAAGGCGGGGCGGAAGAAAAAGGCGGCUUAGGGAGGGGAGCCUGGGGACUACUGUGGUAGGCGA